CUCCCAUCUAUUCGGUUCAUUUCGACCCCAAUGGCAAAGGUCGCUUGGCUACGGCCGGAAAGUACGUCGCAAAAGUUCCCCCAAUCUACCUACAAAAAAUCCCGUUGCUAAUCUCCCCUCUUUUCUACAGUGACAACAACGUUCGAGUAUGGCCCUCCCCUCCUCCCACCCGUGACCUUGUCCCUUUGUCAUUCUCCCGGCCCUUCUGACCCACGAAACAACAGUUAUGGAGAGUCGAAUCAACCGGCGAAGAGCGGAAGGUUACAUAUCUGAGUACUCUUGUCAAGCACACCCAAGCCGUGAAUGUGGUCCGAUUUAGCCCGAAAGGUAUAUACCUCCUGCUUUGGCGAUAAACUUGUGCUUGUGUAGCUCCUUUCUGACUGGUAUAGGCGAGAUGCUGGCAUCCGCCGGAGAUGACGGAAAUGUUCUGCUUUGGGUGCCAUCAGAACUGCAAACUCAAUCUGGACUGGGGGAGGAUCGUUCGGACGAUCUGGAAACUUGGCGGGUGAAACAUAUGUGUCGGUCAUCGGGUGCGGAAAUCUAUGACCUCGCCUGGUCUCCGGAUGGUGUAUUCUUCAUUACAGGCAGUAUGGACAACAUCACUCGCAUAUACAAUGCCCAAACCGGGCAAAUGGUUCGGCAGAUUGCAGAACACUCGCACUAUGUCCAAGGCGUAGCAUGGGACCCUCUGAAUGAAUUCGUCGCUACUCAGUCUUCUGAUCGAUCUGUUCACAUAUAUAGUUUGAAGACGAAGGACGGUCAAUUUACACUGACCUCGCACGGGAAGUUCUUGAAGAUGGAUCUUCCAGCCAAACGAAUCGCGUCGAGCAGCCCUGCCCCAGAACCCACCAGUAGGCCCGCGCCUGCUACUAGCAGUUCGGCCGCCAUGGCUUCCCCAGCUCCCUCGGCCCCAGGAACCCCAAUGGCUUCAAAUUUGCCAAUGGACCCUCCCCCGGUGUCGCAUAGCCGCCGCUCUUCGUUUGGCUCCUCUCCAUCUAUCCGACGCUCAGCUUCGCCGGCUCCAUCUUUGCCGUUGCCUGCUGUCAAGCCUAUGGAAGUAUCUUCUCCCAAUGUCCUUGGUGGACUAGGCGUUAAAAACGCCAAUAUUUAUGCCAACGAGACUUUCACCUCUUUUUUCAGGCGCUUGACUUUUACCCCUGAUGGGAGCCUGCUGUUUACACCCGCUGGUCAAUAUAAAACCUCGCAAGUAUCCUCUAGGGAUUCUUCGAAGACCACGGAUGAAAUUAUCAACACGGUGUAUGUCUACACCCGUGCAGGCUUCAAUAAGCCGCCGAUAUCCCAUCUACCGGGCCAUAAAAAGCCCUCUGUUGCAGUCAAGUGCUCUCCGGUGCUUUACAGCUUGAGGCAAUCCCCUCAGCCGGCCAGUCACAUUACCCUGGAUACUUCUUCUGGUGAAGAAGCGUUUGCCUCCCUUCCCGACCCGCUUGUUUCAGCGCCCUCGUCAAAUAAUUCCUCUAUGGUCCCUCCAUCGACUCAUGCCGCAGGCGAUUCAUCGAACACCCAGGCAUCUACCAAACAAACCGAGGGCGAAGGCACUUCUGCUGGUCAGGGCCCAACCCCGGUUUUCGCGUUGCCAUAUAGAGUUGUGUAUGCCGUGGCUACACAAGACGCUGUGCUGGUGUAUGAUACUCAACAACAGACGCCAAUAUGUGUCGUCAGUAAUCUGCACUUCGCUACCUUCACCGACUUAACAUGGUCGAAUGAUGGCUUGACUUUAAUCAUGAGCUCAUCGGAUGGCUUCUGCUCCACGCUCUCGUUUGCACCAGGAGAUUUAGGGCAACCCUAUAUAGCUCCGGCAUCAACAACUAAGCAGCCGGCUAACUCUGGUGUAUCAUCGGCACCCCAAAAUCUUCCAACACCAGCACCUGCUGCAUCUCCCGUGAAACCGCUUCCGGUAUCUUCGAACGCAAGUGCCUCAAAUACAGCUCAAGCACCCCCAGCAAGCCCAGCGCGGUCUAAUUCUGCUUGUUCGAACGCCACUCAAUCUUCUGCUCAGCAACCAAACGCGUCGGUUGUGAACAACCCUACGCCCACUCUUGGAUCCGUGCCGUUGGUGACUGCAGUUCAUUCUGCCCAACCGGCAACCCUUCCGCUCACUACACCACCGCAGACACCCAUGUCCUCUGUGUCUCAGGGUGGUACGAACUCUGCCGGCAACAGCAUUCUAGGCAAGCGAGAUGUGACAGCUGCAAGCGAAUCCGAACGAGAAGAAAGCAAAGAGCAGGAUUCUGCCACACAAGCACAACAGCCGAAGAAGAGACGCGUGGCACCUACACUCAUCUCAGCUGGCAACGAGCCUUCAAAAGACGAGUCGCCAAAUAACGGCGGUGGUUAGAUUUUGCGAGCCCGAAAUCCUUUUUGUCCUGUAUUAUGUGUGAUACUGCGCAAGUCCCAUUCACCCCUCUACAGUUUAAAGCGCCAGUGUGCGGAUAUCUUGGGCACCUACGAAUCUACUUGACGACUCAUGUUUCCUUUACUCUAUCUUCCGCUCUACUCAAGUAACCGACAUUCCGACAUUUAUGCGCGACGCUGUAAUCGGCAGGUAGAUGAGCGCUACCCCUCACGCAGCAUCCAUCUAUAACCGCGCAUUGACAUUUGCCAUUCAGGCAUAACCCCUGCUUUCGUCGGUUUCUCUUGUGCUCUUCGGCAUUGCCACCCCCCAGGAGGGGUGUCUGUGUAUUUACUAUUUCAUCUGCGUUUUGACAGUUGGGUUAAAAGGAACG